CUUUUAGUGACCAUUUUGGUGAACUUUAUCAAAUCACACAUUUCAAAACUUUUAACUGCACAAGGUGGAUGAAUAAAGAAAAAUGACUUUUAGUAUAUGUUGGUAUAUAAUUUCCUUUAGGGUAUACAGUAUUAUUAGUGAAUCAUUAGUCAUUUUAAGAAAUUUAUAUGAGUCUUUGAUCUAUAAGUAUAAAUGUAGAUAUGGAUUUACAAUCAUAUAGAUAAAUUAUAUAUAAAAAAAAUAUUAUAUUCCAAAGAAGAAAGAACUUGGAAUAUUUUAUUGUAAUCUUUAGAUUUAGCAUUAUCUAACUUACCAAUGCAGACUGUUGUUUCACAUCAAGCACAAAAUCAAUGGUUUUAGAAUGAAAAUACUUGAUUUUUCAGGAAUGAUACAUGCAGGAAUUGGGGCCACACAUGUCAACAAUUUUCUUGGUGCAUUGAAUGUACCUCCUGUGAAUUCCUCCACCAUCAAGAAAAAGGAAAAUGAAAUUGGGAAAAAAAUAUUUGAAGUUGCAAGAGAAUCAUGUCAAUCAAAUCAAAAGAAGGAACAGUUAAUGAGUAAUGGAAAGGUUGAAGCCAGUUUUGAUGCAGGAUGGCAAAAGCGAGGUACUGGUUGGAAUUAUGAUAGUAAUACAGGACAUGCCAGCAUGAUCGGUACAAUGACGGGUAAAGUCAUAGACUUCUCUCAUAGAAGCCGGAAUUGCAAAGUCUGUGAAUACCAUAUGGGUAGAAAAGAAACAGUCCCUUCACAUGACUGCAGCAAUAAUUGGCAGGGUACAAGUAAAGGCAUGGAACCUGAUAUGGCUUUAGAGAUGACCCACAAUCUGAAGGAUAAUGGAUGUCCUAUUCAUGUUCUCCAUGCUGAUAAUGAUUCGACCACAACAGCAAGAUUAAAGGUUGAUUUUAAAGAACUGCAAAAGAAAGAUGACCAGAACCAUAUCAAGAAAGGUUUUUCUAAGAAACUGUAUGAUUUGUCUAAAACGUUUAAGGAAUUGAAACACCCAGAAGUCAUACCAUACCUUGUACGAUGCUUUAUGUAUGCCAUCAAAGAAAAUAACAAUUCCUCAGAAAACAUAAAGAGUGCCUUCAGCAGAUUAGUCCAACACAUUUUUGGAGACCACACUUUAUGUACAGAUGCUGAAUGGUGUACAUAUAAGAAUGACCCAGAAAAUUUUAGAUAUAAGAGUUUGCCAAAUGGUGAAUCUCUCUCCAAUGAUGCCCUAAAAAAAGAGAUAUCUACUUUGAUGGAGAAAUAUAGUACUAGAGCUGGAACAUUGCAGAAUAUGGGAUCAACACAAGGAAACGAAAAUUUCAACCAGAUUGUGGCAAGCAAAGCCCCAAAGUCACGGUUUUAUGGUGGAUCAUCAUCAUUAAGCAAUAGGUUAUCUGCCUCAGUAUUACAGAAGAAUGAAGGCUAUACAUGGCUGUCAAAGGUAAAUGAGGCUUCUUUAUUGUCUCCAGGACAACAUACACUGAGAAUUGGUAAAAGAAUGGACAAGAAAUUGAAAAGAGAAAGAGAAAGGCAAAAUACCAAAGAAUUUAAAAGAAGGCGUAUUCAAUUGAAAAAACAAAAGAAGAAAUCUGAGUUUAGGUCAAAGGUAAAAGAAGGCACAACUUAUGAAAACAAUGCAGAAGUUAAUGAAUCUAUGCCAGAUAUCCAGGAAAUACCCUCACCAUUAACCAUAAAUGAGUCUGACAACUUUGUAUUUUUUGAUUUGGAAACUACUGUUUUUGUAUAA